AUGAAGCAGGUAGGGCGGCGGGCGGGGCUGCCCGGGGUGCGGGGCCAGCCGGAUCCCGCGGGGCUGCGGGGGGGCGCGCGCCUGGGGGUGGGGGGCGCAGAGGCGGGGCGCGGGCCGGGAUGCUGCCCCUGGGUGUCCCCGCAGGCCCUGGUGGAUGACACCGAGGAUGUGUCCCUGGACUUCGGCCGCGAGGAGGAACAGGCGCUCCAGAAAGCCAGGAUCAGGCACCCGCUGGCCACCUUCUUCCACCUGUUCUUCCGUGUGAGCGCCAUCGUCACCUACGUGGGCUGUGACUGGUUCAGCAGGAGCUUCGUGGGCUGCUUCGUCACCGUGCUGCUGCUCCUCUCCCUCGACUUUUGGUCUGUGAAGAACAUCACCGGGAGACUCCUGGUGGGGCUUCGCUGGUGGAACCAGAUCGAUGAAGACGGCAAAAGUCACUGGAUCUUCGAAGCCAGGAAGGCCUCUCCACACCACGCAGCCCCCACAGAAGCCGAGGCACGCGUGUUCUGGCUCGGCCUCCUCGUCUGCCCGCUCAUCUGGGUCGUCUUCCUCUUCAGCACCUUGUUCUCCCUGAGGCUCAAGUGGCUGGCGCUGGUGAUCGCCGGGAUCUCCCUGCAGACUGCGAACCUCUACGGCUACGUCCUCUGUAAGCUGGGGGACGACAGCGACGUCAGCCGGGCCACAGCCGCCCUGCUGUCCCCAACGGUGUUCCGCACGGCCACCCCCUAAGCGCCUCCCUGACCUG